UGCUUCACAGCGAGGCACGUACCACGACCGUCCAAAAAUGAAUAUGCUACACAGUUUCAGCGGCGGUGGCGCCUCCAAUGCCAACAGCGAUGCCACCAGCGAAUGCGAGCUGAAGGAGCGCCUGAUUGCGAGCGUUAAGAAGGAGGUGAAGCAACUGAUGGAGGAGGCGGUCACCAAGAAGUAUGUGCACGAGGAGAGCAGCUCGGUGACAUCGCUUUGUGCCGCUGUCGAAGCCUGCCUCAGCCACGGCCUGCGUCGUCGCGCCCUGGGCCUGUUCAAGACCUCAUCGACGACAGCGCUAAUACAGAAGAUAGCAAAGAUCUGCCCGGAGGCGGACUAUGUGAGCCGUCGUCUGUUGGAGCUAGAGCUGGCCCAGGAGAGCCAUGCUGUUAGCGGCAAGCGCUCCUCCUCCAGCAGUGACAGCAUCAUCAAGCCGAAGCUGCUCAGCAAGGGUAGCGGCAGCAGCAGCUCGGUGACCACCAUAAAUACGGUUGUCGCCUCGGUGGGUGCCAAUGGUGCGGCGGCGCCGCUGGGCAAAUAUCUGUGGAUACGCCUGGCGCUCUACGAGAAACGUUUGGCCAAGAUUAUUGAGCAUCUGGUGGGCAAUGCUCAGAGCUAUUACGAUCGCGAGGCGCUGGUCGCUGAUCCCGAUUAUGGUUCCAUACUCAGCUCCCUGCUGGUGGGCCCCUGUGCUCUGGAGUUUACGCGGGCCAAGACUGCCGACCACUACUGGUCCGAUCCCUGCGCCGAUGAGCUGGUGCAGCGCCAUCGCAUCAGUUCGGGCAAUCGGACGCCACCCACCUGUCAUCGGCCCAUUAUCAAUUUCAAGCGCAGCCUGCACACCAGCUCGGAGGACACGAGCAGCGGCAGCUUCAAGGCCUGCUCGCCGGCGAGCGUGGCGAAGGACUAUGUGGAGUCGCUGCAUCAAAAUUCACGGACCACCCUACUCUAUGGCAAGAACAAUGUGCUUGUGCUGCCCAAAGAUGUGGCUGAACCGAUGCCGGGCUACCUCAGUCUGCACCAGAGCAUCCAGUCCCUGACCAUCAAAUGGACGCCCAAUCAAUUGAUGAACGGCUACAACGAUGGCGAUGGCAGCGACAAGAGCUUCUACUGGGGCUACGCGCUUAACAUUAAUGUGGACGAGAUUGUCUAUGUGCAUUGCCAUCAGAAUCGUGGCGGUGACACGGGCGGCACCAUUAUUCUAGUUGGCCAGGAUGGCGUACAACGGCCGCCCAUACACUUCCCGGAGGGCGGACACCUGCAGGCGUUCCUCAGUUGCUUGGAGACGGGUCUGCUGCCACAUGGCCAGCUCGAUCCGCCGCUCUGGUCGCAGCGCGGCAUUGGCAAGCUCUUUCCCUGGCCGAAAAGCGUGCGUCGCCAUAUCCUGCCCUCGGUCAUGGAGUCAUCCAGCGAUGAGACACCCAUUGACUAUGUCUUUCGUGUAGUCAGCAAAAGCCAGCACGAGGAGUUCCUGGCUACACAUCCCAUACUGGAGCUUGGUCGCUCCAGUCCGCGGCGCAAGCAUCUGGGCAGCUGCUCGACCACCGGCAGCAGCGAUUGCUCCAGCAAGAGCUUGUCCAUUGACCAGAGCAGCAACCCAGAUCCGCCAUUGAUACAGGCCAGCCAAACGGCCAGCAUUGAACUGGUCUGCUCCACAAUGCGUCGCCAGAUAAUCUCGCGCGCCUUCUACGGCUGGCUGGCCUACUGUCGGCAUUUGUCCACGGUUCGCACCCAUCUCUCCGGUCUGGUCAAUGGUCGCAUAACCCCAGAUUUGGCCGCUGACGAGCAGGGGCUAACCAGCCAGAAAUGGCAGGCAAUGAAUGUAGAUGGCAUUGUUACCGGCGAAUUGGAGCUCUAUCGUCUGGUCUACUUCGGUGGCGUAGAGCACGACCUGCGUAAGGAGGUGUGGCCGUAUCUGCUUGGCCACUACGCGUUCGGAUCGACGCCGGAGCAGCGGCAAAAGCAGGACGAGACCUGCAAACACUACUAUGAGACCACAAUGAGCGAGUGGCUGGCCGUGGAGGCGAUCGUGCGGCAGCGUGAAAAGGAGAAAACGGCCCUGGCUGUGGCCAAGAUGAGUGCGGAGCAGGCACGACUGGCAGCCAAUGCAAAUGCCCUCAGUACGGAUGAUCUGCUGUCGAAUAGUGGGGGGCAGCUGGAGCUGGACAAUGGUGAGCAGGCCGAGGGCGAGAACGAUGUAUUCGAUGACAACGAUUUCUCGGACAUAUCCGAUCCGGGUGACGAAUACGAUGAGCAGCCGCUAUUGGAGGAACAGCUGGCACAGGCACAGGAGGAGGCGGUGGAACAUGAAGAGGAGUCAUCGGAUCCGUUGCCCGUAGCACCACAGCUAAGCGAGCAGUUACUCUUGGAGUCGCAAAACAUUGAUGGCAUGGAACCACUGCGCUUGCAGGAUAACUGUUUUGGUGACUCCGAAGCUGAGGGCGGUCUGGGCUUGGAUGGCAGUGGCAAUAUACUUUUGCUCAGCAUUAAGAGUUCACCCUCCACCAGCAGCUACGAGACGGUAGGCAACGAGUUUGCCGAUCUGGCCGAUGUUAAAGUCCUAGACGAGGCGGCCGCGGAGGCGGAAAUAGCUGUGGAUAUGGACGCGGAGCCCUACGGUCAGUUAAGCAAAUUUCACAGCGCCGAUGACGUGCGUCACGAUGAGGAGCAUCCAGCAACGGCAGUCAUCAUUACAGAAGCCGCCUCGCUGGAUGACCUCGAUGUCCAAUGCAAUGACGACGAACCCACCGAAGAGUUCACCUCACGCAAGACCAGCCUCAUGUCGCCCCUUAACGAGGACAUCACUGUUGUCGCCUCACUGGAUGCCCUGCAGGAGCCAAAGUCCGCCUGUGUCUCGCCCGCCAGCUCUAAUGGCGGCGUCUACAGCGUCGAGCUGCUGGAACAGUUUGGCCUAAAUCUGCAUCGGAUCGAGAAGGAUGUGCAGCGUUGCGAUCGAAAUUAUUGGUACUUUGCCAGCGAGAAUCUGGACAAGCUACGCAAUGUGAUAUCGACGUACGUGUGGGAGCACCUGGACGUGGGCUACAUGCAGGGCAUGUGCGAUCUGGUCGCUCCCUUGCUGGUCAUCUUCGAUGAUGAGUCGCUCAGCUACAGCUGCUUCUGCAAGCUCAUGGAGCGCAUGAUCGAGAACUUUCCCAGCGGUGGUGCCAUGGACAUGCAUUUCGCCAAUAUGCGCUCGCUCAUUCAAAUACUCGACUCCGAGAUGUACGACCUGAUGGACUCGAAUGGCGAUUACACCCACUUCUACUUCUGUUACCGCUGGUUCCUUUUGGAUUUUAAGCGCGAGCUCAUCUAUGACGAUGUCUUUGCCACCUGGGAAGUCAUCUGGGCAGCCAAACAUAUUGCCUCUGGGCAUUUUGUGCUCUUCCUGGCGCUGGCGCUGCUCGAAACCUAUCGCGAUAUCAUUUUGUCCAACAGCAUGGACUUUACAGAUGUCAUCAAGUUCUUUAAUGAAAUGGCCGAGCGUCAUAAUGCACAGUCGAUACUGCAGCUAUCUCGCAGUCUCGUCCUGCAAUUGCAGACAAUAAUUGAGAACAAAUAAGUUUCACAGGGGAACACAAUUUGGAGCAACUCACUCAAAAUGAAACUGGAAAGAAAAUGGGAAUCGGAACUGGAACUGGCUAUGUAGCUCACCUAGUUGCAUGUGUGUGUAUGUGUGUAAU